AUGUUAAAGGACGCCGAGGAGCUGAUAAAACGCUGCAAACUGACGUCGCUGCCGCUGGCGCUGCAUAUGAACGAAUACGGCCGCCAGGUGGCGCCAGCGCCACUUGCUGCGCUGCCGCUGCUGGCCAAGCCCACCAACACGACGCCAGUGGGUGGGAGCGUGACUUCGGGAGCGGGAGCGGGAGCGAGCGCCAUCUCUGAUCAUCAUCAUCUACACACGCAUCAUCAGCUGCCGCUGCCGGUGUCUUUGGCGCUGCCUAUGCCGGUGACAUCGACGCACAGCCACGCCCAUGCCUCGAUGCAUACGACGCCACCCACAACGCCGCCCACGCCGCCAGCUCUGCCGCUCAACAUGAGCCAAGCGGCAAGUGCAGCAGCAGCAACUGCCGUAGCUGCCACGCCCACAACAACGCACAGUCCACCUGCCACGCCCACAGCAGUGAGCGCCGCCCUGGCGGCCACACAGGAUCAUUACAGCCUGCGCUGGAACAACCAUCAGAAUCACAUCUUGCGCGCCUUCGACGCUCUGCUGCAGACCAAGACGCUGGUGGAUGUGACCCUCGUCUGUGCAGAGACCUCGAUACGUGCUCACAAAAUGGUUUUGUCCGCCUGCUCGCCCUUCUUUCAGCGCGUCUUUGCGGAGACGCCCUGCAAGCAUCCAGUCAUAGUGCUGAAGGACUUCCGCGGCUGGGUCGUUCAGGCUAUUGUGGACUUCAUGUAUCGAGGGGAGAUCAGUGUGCCCCAACAGCGCUUGCAGACGCUCAUACAGGCAGGUGAAUCGCUGCAGGUGCGCGGCUUGGUCGAGAGCUCUGUACCGGAGCAUACGCCCACGCCGGCCGCCUCGCCGGACGACUUUAAUCUGUUGGACGCCUCACUACUCUCAUCCAGCUACGAGGACGAGUCACCUUCGAUGGUGAGGCCGACGAGUGGCAAGCUGAUCAUGCCCAGUCGCCUCUUUGGCAGUCCGGCUAGCACUAUGGCGGCGCUUAGUAUGCGUCGCAAGCGGGAGCAGGAGUGCGAGCGGGAGCCGGAGAGCGACCAGGAGCUGGGCGGCAGUUCGCCCAUGCCACGUCGCAAGCAGGCGCGGCCACGUCGACGAUCCGGCGAUGUGCCACACGAUUUUGCGCUCAACAAGCCGGAGACGUCGGAGUCGGCGCUGCAAACUGUGAUCAAACACGAACUGCGAGACGAUCAGGACCAGGAUCUAGAGCGGGAGCAAAACGAGAAGCGUUCCACAACAGACGACAAUAUGGAGCCAGAGCAGGAGCGGGCAAUGCCACUCAUCACGUCCAAUCAGCAGGCCGAACCGGAGCUAGAUGAAGAUGAGGACGAAGAUCAAGAACAGGAGCAGGAUCUGGAGCAGGAGGAGGCUGAGAACGAGCACGAGCAUGAUCACGAUCACGAUCGAGACAAUGAUCACGAUCACGAACACGAUCCGGACGAGGACGAGCAGGACAUCGAAGAGCUUAUACACACGACCAACGAACUGCGCAGGCAAGCAGCUGUGGCUGCUGCAAAUGCCGCAGCAAUGUCACCGUGCCCCAGCGACGGGCCCGAGGAUCUGUGCACCACCAAGAAGGACAAGGACACCAGCAACUGCCAUUCCUCCGAUAAUGAAAGCAGCACCAACAACAACAACAACAGCAGCAAGCUGCAGGACAACAAUCAACGCAUUAUGUUAUCCUUGAAGGAUAUCAGGCAGCUCAAUGCCAAGCCCAGCGCCAGCUCCACGCCCAGCCACACGCCCAACAGCUGUACGCCCGGCAACAAUGGACUGUUGCCCUUUCCUCCCCCAGGCCUGCGGCCACCCGGUCUGCCCGAUAGUCCGCCCUGCCACAUGGAGGCACUGGAGGCACAAAUGCAUGCGGCAGCCGCUGCCGCCGUUGCGGCUGCAGGCGCUGCCGGUGAAAAUCCGUUCCACCACAUGGAGCAUCAGAUGGAAAUGUCCCUGGCCGCGGCGGCUGCAGCAGCAGCCAUGCAUCAGCGCGAGUCACGUGAUCCGCGCGAGAGUCGCGAACAGGCGCUGCAGCGCGAGCACAAUGCAUUCGCCAGCAAUCUGUUGGGGCCGAUGGGGCUGCCGCCCUUUGGUUCGCACAAUGGGGUAACGGGGCCGGGCUGCGGAGGUCAAGCGCCGCACGAGCGGCUCGAGGAGAGUAUGAAUCGGCUGAGCAAGGAGUUUGGCAAGGAGUUCGGCAAGGAGUUCGGCAAAGAGUUUGGCAAAGACUUUGGCAAGGACUUUUGCAAAGAGUUUGCGCCCACCUCGCCAAUGAGCCUGCCCGGCCACUAUAAUCCGCAGGAUGGACAGCCGCAUCCGCCGUCGCCGCUGCCCUUUCCCGGCAUGUCCUCGGCGUUGACGCUAACGCCGCCGCACAUGUUUGGCCUGGACUCACCGCUCGGCCUGUUUCCGCCCGGCAUUGAUCCUGGCAAGCUCUACAACCCGCUAAUGGAAAUGAGUGAUCCACGCGAUAUGCCCGGCGGUCCGCCGCCGUUUCUCAAAAAGAAAAUGCCACGCCCUAAGGGACAGCAUUCAGCGCCACGCGGCGGGCCGCCACGUUCCUGGACCAACACAGAGCUAACGGAGGCACUGCAGCACGUGUGGAACAAGAAGAUGACCACGUCGCAGGCAUCGCGCAUCUUUGGCAUACCCUACAACUCGCUGCUGAUGUAUGUGAGGGGCAAGUACGGCAAGAGCUUGAAGCUGGAACAGCUGCGCAAGGACUGCAUUAGUGGGCCGCCCAUUGAGAUGCUGCAGAUGGGCAUCAGCGGCGGUGGAGGCGGCGGCUCGAAGAGCGAGAAAAAGGAGCGCAAGGACAAGGACAAGGAGAAGAACGCCCAUGGCAAUUCGAGCAGCAACAAUAGCAAUGCCAAUGGCAGCGGCAAUGGCAGCGGCUCCAGUGGUGGUCCACCACCCAUGCCACAUCCUAGCGAACUGGGUGGCCUGGGUCCGCUCGACUUGGAGCUGGGCCUGCCGCUGGGUCCGCCCGCUGGUCCACGCAGCGGCAGCUCGGAGCCGGAUCUGCUGGGCGGCCCCAAUGCUCUGUUCAAUCCGUUCAAUCCGCAAGGCUUCUAUCCGGACUUUGCCGGCGGCUUCCCCGGCCUUCCGCUCAGCAUGCUCAAUCUGCUGCCGCCAGCGGAGCGGCAUCAUGCAGCGGUGGCCAUGCACAACCUGGGCGUUAGCAUGGACGAGGACUGCAAGUCGGUGGGCUCCAAGCAAUCCUCCUCGCUGGACGAUGACUUCGCCAUGGCUGCGGCCGCCGCUGCAAUGGAGCAGCGACGACAUGGCGAAGCGACGCUGGCGCAGGCGAAUGGGGCGGCGCAGGAUUGAAAUAUGUGGCGGGAUUGGGCUGCCAACCCAAUGUUCUUCCCGCCCUACGAGCUGGACGCCGCUGCACCCACCACCCUCUCGCCUCCUGCACCGCCUCCGCCACCACCGCCGCACGGCUGUCGCGACUUUAACUUCAAUCCGAGCAUCUUCAUGGCGCGUCGGAAGCUGAAGCGCUACAGGACGAAGCGCGUGCCGAUGCAUGCGCCAGGUGCAGGAGCAGGAGUCGGAGCAGGUGCAGGAGUAGGAGUAGGUGGAGGAGCCGGAGCUGGCAGUCUGCCGCCGCCACACCCCGCCGCGCUGCCGCCCCCGCUGCGCACCUGAACA